GAACGUGCGACUGUCGCUUUAAAAGAAACAUGGCGACAGGUGUCCCGUCUCACGCGCUCUCUGCUUAUCACGAUCAAUAAGAAAGUAAAACUAGCUCGUUCGGGGAAUUAAAGACGAGCAAAGUCGACGUCGGUAUCCGCCGCUAGUGUACUUUUGCGUGGCAUCAACAGGUGUCGGGUCUAGCCAGCCCGGUAGAUGGUGGCUCACUUCCUGUUGGACGACUCAACGGCUGGCCACUGCGCAUGCGCCAAUUAACUCGAAGCUUACAAGCCUGCCUCGGGCAACCUCCCCCCUUCACACACACACACGUUAGCUUCGGUGUGUUUUUUAACAGGAAGUAUAAUAACUCACCUGACAGCAUGUGACUUUUAAAAGUAUUUCACACGAAGUCACCAUGAUGAGAGAAGUUGCUGAGUCACCUUCGGCUCAUUUCGAGAGUCUCUGCCACUCACGAGGUCUCAGACAUUCACGGAUUUGUGGCAAAACGACGGUGGCUUUGAAGGGAUGGAGGCCGAUGUGGAGGUGCAGGCACAGGGCUCCCUGGACCUGAGCCACCUGACGGAGGAGGAGCAGUCCAGCAUCCUGCAGGUCUUGCUGCGAGACAUGGACCUGCGGCGCCGCGACGAGGGACGCAUAAGGAUGCUGCAGCAGACCAGGACCGACCCCACGCUCCUGCGCACCCUAUCGGGGGCGUGGUUCAGCGAGGCGUCCAGCAGGCGCCACCGCAGCCGCAUGUCCGGCUCGGACCUCGUCCACGCCACCAUACGCCGCAAGACGUCAAAAUGCAGCGAUGUGCCGAUUACCAACCUGUUCAACGGGAGACGGGAGGAGCAGGAGGAGGAGGAGCAGCCGUCAAAAAGCCCCUCCCUCGAAGGGAAGAGUCGACUGAAGGAGUCGACGGAGGAGAGCGCAGAGAGUCAAGCCAGUUUUGAAUCUGCGGCCAUCAGGAAAAGUCCGACAACCAAGGACGCGUACCAGCGGUACAAGAGGGAGUCUGUGUCGCUGUGCAGCAUCCUCAGCGACUCGGAGCCGUCGUCUUUGAAAAGCAACAACUUUCACUCCAGCGCCGCGCUGGGCAGCGGCAUGAGUCUCUUCAGCUCGGGGGUCUUCGGGGCGGUGGAGGUCAAAGGCCGUAUGCAGUUCUCGCUGGCGUUCGACGGCCACAAGGAGGAGCUGCGUGUCAAGGUGCACCGCUGCGAGGACAUCUCCUGCGUGGGCAACAACCGCUCUGACCCAUACGUCAAGUCCUACCUGCUGCCCGACAUAUCCAGUCGCGGCAAGAGGAAGACGGCGGUGAAGAGGAAGACGCAGAAUCCCGUCUUCGAGCAAAUUCUCAAAUACAAGUUGCGAGCCAACGAGAUGAAGAGCCGCACCUUGAACCUGUCGGUGUGGCACGCCGAGCCCCUGGGGAGGAACGUGUUCCUGGGCCAGGUGGAGGUGGCGCUGGGCCUCUGGGACUGGACCUGCACGCAGCCCCUCUGGCAGGACCUGCAGCCGCGGGUGGGCGGGAGUCAAUUUUACGUGCCGCCGGAGAGCAUCAGCAGCCGCGGGAGCCUCCUCUUCUCCAUCAAGUUCAUCCCAGAAGGCUUCGAGGGUGGCCUGCCGCUCACGGGAGAGCUCCACAUCUGGCUGCAGGAGGCCCAAGGCCUGCUGUCUAAAAAAGGAGGCGCUAUUGACUCGUUUGUGAGAAGUUACAUCCUGCCAGACGCCGGCUGUCAGAGCGGCCAGAAGACGCAGGUGGUGAAACGCGCCGUCAGCCCCACGUACAACCACACCAUGGUCUACGACGGCUUCCAGACCAGCGACCUGGAGGAGGCCUGUGCCGAGCUGACCGUGUGGCAGCGCGAGGGCUUCAAAUUGCACAUGAUAGGCGGGGUCCGCCUCAGCUGCGGAACAGGUCAGAGCUACGGCGACGCUGUCGGCUGGAUGGACUCCACGGAGGAGGAGGUGUCCGUGUGGUCCUCCAUGAUCAAAAACCCAAACCACUGGGUCGAAACCACACUGCCCAUCAGAACCAACCUCACGCAACGCUCCUCCAAUUGACCGGGACUGAAAAACUUGUUACAUUAGCUCACUUUUUUUCUAACAAUUCCCCUCCAAAUAGACUUUGUCGACGAAUGGAUCACCUUUCUGUUAGAGAACCUGCUAGUUUUUAUCUCGCGCGACGGCUGUGACCUUGUUUUCCUUCUUAUGUAAUUAAAUAACAAACCUGUUUUCUA